AUGCGCAAUGAUGUGGAUGGGUAUUUCUUAAACACCAACUACUCUCAGCUUGAGGAUAUUCUUACUGCAUUCCUUGCUUGGGGAGAAUGGGAACAAGUCGAACAAGACCUAUUAACCCGUUACAAUGAUCCCUGGGUGAAUCAAGUCCCCAGGCUUCGACGCUCGGUGCGAGAACCUGUUCAUAUCAGUCUCUGGCCGGAAAAGAUCUACUCCCUCUCAGUUGACAAUGGGCCUAAAAUCCAGGUGCCCAACGUGGUCACGCGGUGGGAUUGUGUGUUGAUGGAGGAGCUUUUCGACCCAAGGUUGGACCAUCCCAUCACCAAAACCGCGCUGGAAGCGAGGAGCAAUCGCAUUCUCCCCGAACGUCUUGCUCAGCGUAACAACACAAGCCCUAUAUUUAUCCCCACUAUCCCACAGAUGAUAGACGCAUUGCUGGAUCAGGAUAGAUAUCGCCAUGAUCACGUGCGAGAUUCUAAUUUCAAUAUCUUAGCUAGCCAGCCGGCAGAGCAUAUUAUGGGUUUUGUGCGAUCUCUCUACCUUGAACAUCCAGCCCAGCAGGAAGGUCCUCCCACAUCUCACUAG